AUGCAUCGAGAUGAGGACGACCUCACUACAGAACGUGUCCAAGUGCGUGAUUCAUCGCCGGACAAUGACGAUGAGGAGGAUAACGGGCAAACGUAUGUGCCGAAUAAUCCGCACCAGUGGAAUGCAGAACACGUGUCCGCGUGGAUUUUGUGGGUAUCGAAAAAUUUCGACAUUUAUCCACCGCUCGAACCGGCACGGUUUCCACCGACCGGUGAAGAAAUUGCCCAGUUUACGAAGGCGGACUUUUGGGUGUGUGCCGGUAGUGCAGCCGGUGGCAAUACGCUGGCCAAACAUUUCGCACAUCUCAUCCACACUGGCACGGGUGGUGGCUAUGCUGGAACGAGGCUAGCAACCGACGUUGAUCCAGAACCAUAUCAGUUGCUUAAUGCAGCAUCUCACAGACUAGUAUCUCAAGGUGGCCAAAUACAGCUGUGGCAGUUUCUUUUGGAACUGUUGGCCGACUCAACGAAUGCGCCCUGUAUCUCCUGGGAAGGAACCAAUGGCGAAUUUAAAUUAUCCGACCCGGAUGAAGUUGCCCGCCGGUGGGGGGAACGUAAGGCGAAGCCAAACAUGAACUACGAUAAGCUAAGCAGAGCGUUAAGAUAUUAUUAUGAUAAGAAUAUAAUGACAAAAGUGCAGGGUAAGCGGUAUACGUACAAGUUCGAUUUUCACGGUCUGAUGACUGCAUGUCAAGCACAAGCCCAGCUUACCGAUACCGGCGCGAAUGGUGCGAACAUACUUUCCGGUUGCGGCUCAUACGGAUCCAGUCCGGCAACGUCCACCACGUCGUCCUCGAUGAAAUCGCCUGCCAAUUCCAGCCCGCCGCAACCCCAUUACGCCACGGUUUGUCAUUCGGCCACCGCCAGUACACCGACGGCAACGAAAAGCACCACCAGCAGCACAACACUGUCGAACAGCUGGUUGCCUUACAGUGCCCCGUACUCUAAUCUGCUUGUUCCCACCGCCUACCCUACCACUACCUCACCACCCUCAACCAGUGCAUCCAGUGCGGUGCAAUCGAACGCGAUUGCAAUUCCUACCACCGUUCCACCGUCCGCAUCCAGCACGCCCGAUACGAUCAGCUUCGCGGAUGCGGUGUCCUCGCAUCUGCGCUAGUAACGGUGCGUCGA